AUGACGUCCUCCGUCUUUUUCAAAUUCAAAUCUCAAAAGGAGCCUACUCGAGUCGAGUUUGAUGGCACCGGUAUCUCAGUAUUUGAGUUGAAGCGUGAGAUUAUCACAAAGAGUGGCCUAGGAGAUGGUACCGAUUUUGACCUGCAUAUUUAUACCGAUGAUAACAGCGAAGAAUACGACGAUGAUACGACUAUCAUUCCAAGGUCCACGACUGUCAUUGCCCGACGCCAACCUGCUCUCAAGCCAGGUGCAGGGCGCGCAGCUCGUUAUGUGUCUGGAAAGAUGCCUGUGACAGCCAAAAACGCUGGUCGCAAGGAGCAAGCGGCGAAGGCCUCCUCAUCCAAACCCAGCUCUGAUGCCAUCAGUCAGAUGAACAAUGCUAUGACUGAAGAGGAGAAGAUGGCUGCCAUGUUUGCAGCACAAACCGAACAGUGGUCUGCGCAACAAGAGGAAAUGUCUCACCAAACACCAGUGUUCAAAGCUGGUGCGAAGAGACCAGCAAACGUCCCUGACCAUGACCCCCCGAACGGGUACAUCUGCUACCGGUGCGGCAACAAAGGUCAUUGGAUUCAACUGUGCCCUACUAAUGACGACCCCGAAUUUGACAACCGCCCACGUGUCAAACGAACCACAGGUAUCCCACGUUCAUUCCUGCAAAAGGUAGACAAGUCCGUUGUCCUUGCGCAAGCUGAGGGUGAUGAAUCCAAGCGUCCGUCAGGUAUCAUGGUCAAUGCCGAGGGGGAUUUUGUUAUUGCUGAGCCCGAUAAGGCUUCGUGGGAGCAGUUCCAGGCCAAGGCCAAGUCUUCAUCUACAGCGAACGCACCACUAGCUGAGAACAAGGAGAUUCAGGAACAGGGCUUGGAGUGUUCAAUUGACAGGAAGAUGUUCAUAGAGCCAAUGAAGACUCCAUGCUGUCAGAAGACCUUUUGUAAUGAUUGCAUAACUAAUGCUCUCAUCGAAAGCGACUUCGUCUGCCCUGCUUGCCAGUCAGAAGGUGUAUUGAUUGAUGACCUUCAGCCAGAUGAGGAAGCAUCCAAGAAGAUUCAAGAGUAUUUGAAGGACAAGGAAACGGCCAAGACUCCCCCUCCCCCGUCGCCCAAGACUUUGACAGAUGUCAAGUCAGAUGGUGAGAAGCAAGAGAAGUCAACAGAAGAGACUACCGACGAUAUGGAGCAAAAGCCUGAGAAUGAAUCAAGUGACAAGACUAAGGACUCGCCCGUCAAUGAAAAGCCAAAGUCACCGGCGUCUCAAACUGCAAAUGUCAACUCACCUCCCGCGGGUCCUAAGAACCUUGUAUCCGCGUCUCAAGAUACGAACGAACAACUAGAUAAUCUCAAACCGACAGAUACCAGCUCCAAGAAACGGCCCGCAGAUGAUAUUCUUGACAACCCAAGGAUUCCCAGGGGUCCUAAGGCCAUGCAGAACCAACAGAACCAACAGAACCAACAGAAUAUGGUGAAUGGCAUGGGCAUGAAUGGCAUGGGCAUGAACAUGGGCAUGAAUAAUAUGAUGUUCAACGGAAUGCCCAUGAUGCCCAACAUGAUGGGCAUGCCAAACAUGGGUAACAUGAAUAUGGGCAUGUCAAAUAUGAAUAUGAUGGGAAUGCCUAACAUGAUGGGAAUGCCCGGGUUCCCCGGCAUGAAUGGCGGAUUCGGCGGUAUGCCUGGUUGGGACAUGAGCAUGAAUGGAAUGAAUGGCAUGAACGGUAUGAACGGCAUGGGUAACAUGAAUGGAGGAAUGAACGGCUUUCAGAACGGCAACUUUGGACAGGGUGCUGGCGCGGACGAAGACGCCUACUUUCGUAAGCCAGUUAACCCUCAUCGACACCAGAACAAGCAGCGAAGAGUGCGACCAAGCGAUUACCGAGAGCUCUGA